UCAGAGUCGGCCGUGACGCGCGGACCAGGGGACGACCGCAUCGAUCUCACCGGAAUGCUGCGACGCUCGCGCGCUCUCGCCCGAUGACUCGCGCAUGGGAAUCGCCCCGCGCACCUCGCUUCCUGAGAGAAACCUUCCUCUUUUACGGGACUCGGUGAGUGCGGUGAACGCGGCAGAGACCUCCGGAUCGCGAAAUGUUGGGAUGGAAGGCGCAGACUUUGACUCGCCGUCUCCAACAGGAGUAUGAGGUCCUACUUCACGGCUGCGCGAUCUCCGACAGUGAAACUGUGUUGCCUUGGGAUUUUGCGACGCGCUUUCGGGGGAAUAUAAUAAAGUGGCAAACGGCGACCACCUCGCAGCUCCCGCAACAUGGCCUCGGCUGCUAAUGCGCCCUCCGCGCAGGAAAACAGAGACCCCGACCGGCCGAGGAUAACGCGGAGGAACAGGGGGGACUAUUCCCGCAGCACACCGCUGGAUUUGGAGUAUUUGCAGCGGCCGAGCUUCUGCGAUGCGGGCUUUGCGCUGCAGCAGAUAUCAGAGGGGAAGGCGACCGGGAGGAAGGCACCGCUGUGGCUGAGGGCGAAGUUCCAGAGACUUUUGUUCAGGCUGGGCUGCUACAUACAAAAGAACUGCGGAAAGUUUUUAGUUGUGGGCCUCAUGAUUUUCGGAGCGUUCGCCGUGGGCUUAAGGGCAGCUAAUUUGGAGACGGACGUGGAGAAACUCUGGGUGGAAGUUGGAGGCCGGGUGAACCAGGAGCUGAGGUACACGCGACAGAAGAUGGGCGAGGAGGCCAUGUUCAACCCUCAGCUGAUGAUCCAGACGCCGCGGGAGGAGGGAGCCAACGUGCUAACGGUGGAGGCGCUCCUGCAGCACCUGGAGUCCGCCAUCCGAGCCAGCAGAGUUCAUGUUUACCUCUAUAGCAGACAAUGGAAAUUAGAAGACUUGUGCUAUAAAUCAGGAGAACUAGUCACGGAAACUCAUUUUUUGAAUCAGAUCAAUGAAAAUCUACAUCCAUGCCUCAUCAUCACCCCUUUAGACUGUUUCUGGGAGGGAGCCAAGCUCCAGUCUGGAAUGGCCUAUCUCCCGGGCCACAGUAAAGACCCUCUCCAGUGGACCAACUUUGACCCUAAGGACUUCCUAAAGGGUUUGCGAACGUAUAAUAUCGAUGUCACUGUCUUUGAGGAAAUGUUAGAAAAAGCAGAUGUUGGACGCGGCUACAUGGACAGACCCUGUCUCAAUCCCGCCGACCCCGACUGCCCCGGUACUGCGCCCAAUAAGAACUCCACCAAGCCGUUGGACGUGGCGCGGGCCCUCAGCGGUGGCUGCUACGGCGUGUCCAGGAAGUACAUGCACUGGCAGGAGGAGCUGAUCGUGGGAGGGACCACCAAGAAUGGCAGCGGGCCCCUGCUCAGUGCCCAGGCGUUACAGACCAUGUUUCAGCUGAUGACCCCCAAGCAGAUGUUCGAGCACUUUCGGGGCUACGACCAGGUUUCCCACAUCAACUGGAAUGAGGAAAAGGCUGCAGCGAUACUAGAAGCCUGGCAGAGGAGAUACUCUGAAGCAGUACUUCAAAGUGUGACCGCCAAUUCUUCCCAGAAGGUCUUGUCGUUCACCACCACCACCCUGGAAGACAUUCUGAAGUCCUUCUCCGAAAUCAGCGUCAUCCGCGUGGCCAGUGGCUACCUGCUAAUGUUGGCGUACGCCUGUCUGACCAUGCUGCGGUGGGACUGCGCCAAGUCUCAGGGCGCGGUGGGCCUGGCGGGCGUUCUGCUGGUGACGCUGUCGGUGGCGGCCGGCCUGGGCCUCUGCUCGCUGCUGGGCAUCUCCUUCAACGCUGCCACCACGCAGGUGCUGCCCUUUCUGGCUCUGGGCGUCGGAGUGGACGACGUCUUCCUCCUCGCGCAUGCGUUCAGUGAGACCGGACAGAACAAGAGGAUCCCGUUCGAGGACCGUACAGGGGAGUGUCUGAAGAGGACAGGGGCCAGCGUGGCUCUCACCUCCAUCAGUAACGUCACCGCUUUCUUCAUGGCAGCGCUCAUCCCCAUCCCAGCACUCAGGGCUUUUUCCCUACAGGCCGCAGUGGUCGUGGUGUUUAACUUCGCCAUGGUGCUGCUCAUUUUCCCCGCCAUCCUCAGCAUGGACCUUUACCGGCGAGAAGACAGACGCUUCGACAUCUUCUGCUGCUUCUACAGCCCCUGUGCCAAUCGCGUGAUUCAGAUCGAGCCUCAGGCGUACGUGGACGGAGCCGACGGGAGUCGCUACAGCCCGCCGCCGUCCUACUGCACCCCUCCUCCUUCGUACUGCACCCCCCCUCCGUCCUACAGCAGCCCCCCACCGUCCUACAGCAGCCACGGCUUUGCUCAGCAGACCCAGAUCACCAUGCAGUCGACGGUGCAGCUCCGGACGGAGUACGACCCGCGCACUCAGGCCUUUUACACCACCGCCGAGCCCAGAUCUCAGAUCUCGGUGCAGCCCAUGAACCCAGCGCCGACUAGAAGCAACCCCACCAGCGACUACUACGGCGGCAACACCGGCGGCAGCAGGAGCAGCAGCAGCAGGAGCAGCAACCUGAACAACAACAACUGCGCCAUGCGAAACGCUGGGGGGUCGCGAGGGUCUGCUGGCUUUCCGCAUCAUCAUCAUCAUCAUCAUCAUCAUCACCCGGCUCCUCCUCCGACGGCAGCGGCGCAGGCUUCGAGUGGCGGCUCGGUUCCUCAGGGUGACGCCGCCUCACCGACUGGCCAGAGCCCGGACAACGCCAGCUCCACGCGGGAUCUCCUGUCCCAGUUCGGAGACGCCUCCAGGGGCCUGGGCUGCCUGGAGCCCCCCUGCUCCCGCUGGACCCUGGCCUCGUUCGCUGAGAAGCACUACGCGCCGUUUCUUCUGAAGCCCACCACCAAGGUGGUCGUGAUCGGCCUCUUCCUGUGCCUGUUGGGAGUCAGUUUAUACGGCACCACCCAGGUGAGGGACGGCCUGGAGCUCACGGACAUCGUGCCCAGGGAGACGAGCGAGUACGACUUCAUCGGCGCCCAGUUCAAGUUCUUCUCCUUCUACAACAUGUACGUGGUGACGCAGCAGUCCGACUACGCUCAGAACCAGCCCCUGCUGCACCAGCUCCACCAGCGGUUCCACACUGUCCGCUACGUGCUGAAGGAGGACACGGGGCAGCUGCCUCGCAUGUGGCUUCAGUACUUCAGGGACUGGCUGCAGGGUCUCCAGCAGGCGUUCGACAAGGACUGGGAGGGCGGCCGCAUCACGCUCGGCAGCUACAAGAACGGCUCUCAGGACGGCGUCCUGGCCUACAAGCUGCUGGUGCAGACGGGACGCAGGGACAAGCCCAUCAACUUCAGCCAGCUGACCCGCCAGAGGCUUGUGGACGCAGACGGGAUCAUCAACCCCGGGGCUUUCUACAUCUACCUAACCGCCUGGGUCAGCAACGAUCCUGUGGCGUACGCCGCCUCGCAGGCAAACAUCCGCCCACACCCUCCCGAGUGGCUCCACGACCCCACCGACUCCAUGCCCGAGACACGCUUCAGCAUCCCGGCUGCCGAGCCCAUCGAAUACGCACAGUUCCCCUUCUACCUCAACGGGCUCCGGGAGACGCCGCAGUUUGUGGAGGCCAUCGAGAGCGUGCGGGCCAUCUGCAGCAACUACACUCGGCAGGGCCUGCCCUCCUACCCCAACGGAUACCCCUUCCUAUUCUGGGAGCAGUACGUCAGCCUGCGACACUGGCUCCUGCUGUCCAUCAGCAUCGUGCUCGCCUGCACCUUCCUGGUCUGUGCCCUCUUCCUGCUCAACCCGUGGACCGCGGGCAUCAUAGUGUUGGUGCUGUCGCUCAUGACUGUGGAGCUGUUUGGCUUCAUGGGGCUGAUGGGAAUCAAGCUGAGUGCCGUCCCCGUGGUGAUUCUCAUCGCCUCCGUGGGCAUCGGAGUGGAGUUCACCGUGCACGUGGCGCUGGCCUUCCUGACAGCCAUAGGGGAUCGUCAUAAGCGGGCCGUGCUGGCGUUGGAGCACAUGUUUGCGCCCGUGCUCGACGGAGCCUUUUCCACCUUGCUGGGUGUCCUGAUGCUCGCGGGCUCCGAGUUCGACUUCAUCGUCAAGUAUUUCUUUGCAGUGUUGGCCAUCCUAACAGUUCUUGGAGUAUUGAAUGGAUUAGUCCUCCUUCCUGUAUUACUGUCCUACUUCGGACCCUAUCCUGAGGUGUCCCCCAUCGACGGGCGUAGCCGGUUGCCCACCCCGUCCCCGGAGGCCCCUCCUCACGUGGUCCGCUUCUCGGUUCGUCCUCAACGCACCGCCGCGGCCGCCACCACCUCCGGCGCCGCUUCAGACUCGUCCGACUCGGAGUACAGCUCCAACACCACGGCGUCGGGCGUCAGCCAGGAGCUGCACAGCUACAACCUCCGCUCACACAGAGGACAAAUUCGAGCAGAGGAGCAGCCGUACCAGCAGCACCAGCAGCAGCAGCAGCAGACGAGCCGGGGCAGAGCAGCCAGGACAGAGGAGGAAGGAGGCUCCGCGUUGGGGCACAGGCGCUCCGUCAGGCAGCCGGCCCCCCCAGCAUAUACUGUGUCUUCGUCUGUCCACUCUCACAGCUGUGACGCCGGGCCCCAGCAAAACAGCAGCAGGGACCCCAAGAGCGCCCCGCCCCGGCAGGCCCCGCCCCGGCAGGCCCCGCCCCCAGCCCACCCGCGCACGGACGCUUUUGAAACUGCUACUGAGGCUGGGGGCCAUUACGGCUCGCGCGCUCCCAGAGAACACGCGGCAGGCCACAGAGGCCGCCCGUCACACAACCCACCGCCCGGUCAUCACCUCCCGCAUCACCACCCCAACCCCUCCCCGUGCUGCCAGCCCAUCACCACGGUAACGGCGUCGGCCUCCGUGACGGUCGCCGUUCACCCGACCCACCUGCCCAACCAGAACCCUCCGGCUUCCUCCUACCCGGAAUACAAUGCUACAGACAGUUACUGCUCGUCCCAGCCGGUUUUCCAGGACCCGCAUGUGCCACUGGACACCCACACGGGGGCCAGAGGGGUCAGGGUGGAGGCCAUGGAGCUUCAGGAUCUGGAGUUUGAGGCAGCUGAGGGCAACAGCAGCAGACGGGCUAGCUGAGUUGUGAAGAAUGAAAGUACAACGGCCAAAGAUGGAAACCUCUUCUUACCAAGCAGCUGACCAGGCUCGGCAUUCCUGCACAGCACAGCCCAGCCCGACUCCACUCACACCUGGCCCCAACCAGUGAGAAGCUUGCCAGUGUUGCCAUCAUGGUGCUCAUUCUUACUGUAACUUAGUGGACUAUUGUCUUAGCUAUUUCUACCUAUAUUUAAAAGAUGUAUACAUAUGUAAAUAUGAACAAAAAGUAGGUAUAAUUGUAGGAGCUGUACAACUCCUCGUGUUAACAGACUGGGGGUGUGUGUCAGUGUGUGCGCGAGAAUGUGUGUGAGAGGGAGAGCAAGAGAGAUGGAACUCUGAUUACUGUUCACUCUUCUGUGGAUCUGUGCCAUUAGGAAGCUUCACCUAGACAAACAUACCUGUCAGCAUUCACUGUUGCUGCUCAAAAUGUUUUUUAAAUAAUAUACAAUAUAACUAUGCAAAUGCCUCUUUAAACAAAAGAAGUGGUCUGUGCAUGUGCUUGCGUGCGUGCGUGCGUGUGUGUGUGUGUGUGAUGUGAAUCAGUCCUGUUAGAUCCUGAGGAACGGACUAACAUGCACUCAUUUAAAAUAUGAGGGAAUUGUUAGACUUAUCAAACAGGGCUAUGAUGGUGUGUUCGUGUGUGUGUAUUUUGUGUGUUUGUGUGUGUUUAUUAUUGUAUAAAGGUACGCUUGUUAAACUAUAAAUUUUUUUAUCACAAACCUGUGGUAGUUAAGAAACAGUUACUGUUUAACUCGACACGCUAUGCGUGCUAUUUAAGAUGAGCAGAAAUGAAGAAAACGAAAGAGCAGUUUGUUUUGUUUUGUUUUGUUUUGUUUUGUUUUUUAUUUGUUUUGUUUUGUUGGUAGUUCUCGCCUCUGCAUCGGAACCCGUUUCUGCCCUCGGCUUCGUGUCGCUGUCUGUCAGGCUGCUCUCUGGUUGUAUUUUACUGUAAAAGGUUACGUACGGUUUAACCUUAGCAGCGGCAGCCCGCCUCAAACCCGCUACGCCCUCACAGGGACCUUCACGGGACGGACUCCGUACCAGCGCCGCCGCCGGAUGCGACGGCGUCCUGCGGGGCCGCGUCUAGUGGAUAAGCUAAACUCAAACUGUAUACUGUACGACCCAGUUCACCAAUGGCACUUGACUGCAUUGAGACUUCAUUCGCAGGAACAUUUCACCUCAUGUUAUUUCUGUCUGACCAAUAAGCUAGCCCAUGCAGCCUGCCAAGCGCUAAGCCCUGUAUGGCCCGACAUCGUCUCAGUCUAUAUGUGUGUGUGUGUGUGUGUGUGUGUGUGUGUGUAGAUGUUUAUACACACCUCCUGUCUGGCCUAAUAAUGCAGUGCUACUCAUUGGAUCUCCGUCCUAAACCCUCACACCGGGCAACAGUUCAUCUCUGCAUGCGUGUCUGUUUCAUCAUGCACACCUGGAACCCUCCCCUUCCAUUCCAGACCCUCUGACCCCCCGCCCUCACUCACCCUUCCUCUCUUCCAUCACUCCUCCUCCUCACUUCCUGUUGAAGGCAUGUCGCUCUUCACAAAUAUCUUGUCCAUUUGCCUCCUUUCGCCCACCAACACGUCACGUCAGCUGCUUGCAUGAAAUAGGUUGUUGUUGUCGUUUUGUUCUGCUAUUUUGUUUUCUCCCGAUGUCACAUUGGCAGUGGUGGAGAGAACCAUAGCUGGCAACUAUUUUAUUCAUUUUUUUAAUGUUUGUUUGUUUGUUUUCAACAUUUAAUUGCGAUAUUUAUAUUUUUGUAAUAUAAAAUAUGUUGGUUUUCUUUUUCAUUAUUGUUGUGAUGCCAGUGGAUAACAAAUGCAGGGAUUUUUAAGACUAUUGAAAAACACUAUUACAGUUUAAUGUUUUUACAUUAAUGGAGUUUGAUCUGUAUAAAGUGCUUACUAAUGUUAAAUAGGAAAAAAGAGAAUAUAACAUUUUACACUACAGGUCUCAUCAUAGCUCUUAGAGGAUUUUAAAAGGAAAAAAAAAAUCAGUGGUUCUUCCAGACUGCCAUUUUGGUCUCGGUUGGCAUGGAUGUAUGCUGUUUUCAGUUACAAAGAUAAAUGUAUGCCAUAUAAUUUAUUUAUAUGAAAAUUUAUUUUUGUAGUGUACAUAGUAGUUGUCAAGGGUUUUGACAGAAGUAUAUUUUUAAAGAGUUUAUAUGUAAUGAUAUACCAUAACAGAAAAAGCCUUAAGGUGCACACUUUCAUUGCUAACUGUCUUGUGAGACAACAUCAACACCUCCCCUUCAGUAUUAUGUUCCUGUUCUUGGAGAGAGACAGCUGUUUCUUUGGGUUCGUCAAAGGCUAGCCAUGAAAGUAGAAAUUUGUACUAGCUCUCUAAAUAUUAAUGUUCAAACACUGAUAGAAUUCUAACAAAUAAAAAUAUUAUAACUUAUUUGUCUCUUUGUUCAUAAUUUUAAUAAAUGGAAACUUUAAAAUGUU